UUCGCUUCUUCUUCUUGUGUGUGUGUGUGUGAAGAAGAGGAGGAAGAAGAAAGAAGAAGAGAAGAAGAAAAAAACCAACACGAAAACCGAAAGACGACGGAAGAGGCGAGACAGUGAGUUGUGCAGAGCAGCUUUGUUUGUGUUUCCACACCUCUCACCACCUCGUUUCUGCAUCAUCAUCGUGAGAGGCUUAGACGCACCGCCACGCACCACCACCAGCGACAGCUUCCUCCCUCCUCUUCACCUCGCCACUGCGUAGUCGUUCGCCAUGUCGUUGACAUCGCCCACACCGUCAACGGGGUCAGCGGCGGCAGCGGCAUCGUCGUCUGCCUCGGUGUUCAACUUCAAGGCGUGCUUGGAAGACACGCCAGCGUUCCGCGCAGAGCUGCGACGCCGUGAGCAGCACAUUGAUCGUGAGAAGUCCAAGCUGGAGAAGAUCACCCGCUCCUGCGACGACGUGGUCAAGAAGGCGGAGGCCUUUGAGGCCGCCUUCACGGCCAUGCUCGACGGGAUCCGCAGCCUCGCUGAUGAGAACGGCAUCGCCACAGAGAACGACGUGGGCAGCGACCUCUUCAAGACCAGCGUCACCAAGAUGUGCAACACGCUCGAGGAAAUCCAAUCCAGCAGGAGCGUUGUGCUGCAGCAAGUUAAGACCUCGCUGGCAGACCCCAUCCGCACCUUUGUGGCGCAGCAGAUCCAGCCUGUAAAGCAGCUUGGCAAGCAGUACCACACGUGCAGCGACCGCCUUGACCACGCGCGGACCAAGUACGCAGCAUCAUCGCCAAGCAAGCCGCAGGAGUGCGAGGAGAACUACAACGCCCUCCGCACGUGCAAGCACGACUUCAACCUCACCGCCGUCGACUACGUGCGCGACAUGCGCAUGUUCGAGCAGCACCAUUGCAUCGAGCUUCUUGAAAAACUUUUUGCAUACAUGUCAUCGCAGGUCUCCUUCUUCGAACAGAUGGGCGAUAUGAUGCGCGACUUCAGGCCGGCCCUCCACGAUAUCAACCGUCAGCUGCAGGAUCGGGAGCGCCAGGCGCGAACAGAUGAGCGCGAAAUGGACCGCCGGCACUCGAUUGUCGACAAGUACAACAAGCGCUCAGUCUCUGAUGAAGGCAUCAAGGAUGGCUAUCUCUUCAAACGCGGACACAACAAGUUCCGCACAUGGCAGAGGCGGUUCUUCUCAUUGAAUCAGCACACGGGCCAGCUGGUGUACCAGUCGCGCGGUAAGGAGGAGGAGGAGAAGCUUUUUGUGGACGACCUCCGUAUCUGCACCGUCAAGCCAGCGCCGUCGGAGCCCGUCGACCGCCAGUUCUGCUUCGAACUCGUCACCCCGUCAAAAACACACGUGCUGCAGGCGGAAUCGGAGGAGGAGAAGGCCGCGUGGAUUGCAUCCAUUCAGGAUUCGAUCAUGAUAGCGCUCGGACAGGGCCAUCACCGCAAUACCAUUUCCCGCCCAACCCGCGACCGUGACACACCGCACACGGCACAAGUGAAGCUGCAGGAGACACACCGGAAGAAACUUCAACUUCGCAUUUCAUCUGCUGCCGGCAACGACGAGUGCGCAGACUGCGGCGGAUCACCGCCGACGUGGGUGAGCAUCAAUCUUGGCAUCACGCUGUGCAUCAAGUGCUCUGGGGUGCACCGCAGUCUCGGCACACACGUCUCCAAAGUCCGCUCUAUCGAGCUCGACAAGAUGGACAGCGCGACGUGCCAGGUGAUGGUUGAGCUCGGCAACUCCGUGGUCAAUGGCGUGCUUGAGAGCCUGACGUCCCAAGUCGCGCGCAGGAAACCAAGGGCAACCGACCCCAAGCCGGCGAUUGAGGCGUACAUUCGGGACAAGUACGUCAACCACCAGUUUGUUGACCAGCACCAGUGCCCGUGCCAAUCCCACGACCAGGACGUUAUGGACAUGUCCCUGCUGGAGGCGGCACACGAGGGCGAUGUGCGACUCGGGUUUUCGCUCCUCAUGCACGGCGCAAACAUCAACUUUGCGGAAGCGGAGCGCGGGCACACGCCGCUUAUUGCUGCCAGUCGUGGCGGCCAGGCCAUUUUCGCACACUUUCUGCUGCUCAACAACGCCAAGCAGGACGUGGUGGAUGCGCAGGGCAACACGGCGUUGCAUCAUGCCGUCCUCGCUGCGGACUACCCAACCGUCUGCGUCCUCAUCAAGGGCCGUGUGCCAACGGAUCAAGUCAACAGCGACAACAAGUCGCCGCUCGACAUUGCGAUGGAGACGUGUCACGCGGAUAUCAUCACGCUUCUCAGGAUGUGCAACUUGCAAGAGGACCAUGACGAGGCGGAUGUCAACGGCAUGCUGGAUGCGGGUGUGUUUGCAGCCACGCGACCGCCGCCACCAAAACCACCCGCGCCGUCAACGAAACCGCGACUUGUUCCUCCAAAACCCGCACGAAGCGAUGGUGGUGGCAGCAGUGACAAGAGGCACAGUGGCGAUGAUGACGCUGGUGACGCAAGUGAUGCAGCGCAACAGCCCAGCAGUUGAUGCUGAGAGCCUGUGUGUGUGUGCGUGUUUGUGCGUGCGUGUGUGUGUGUGCUGGUUGCGUGCGUGGGUGCGUGUGUAUGUGCUGGUUGGUUCUUCGCCACGCAGACUAUUGCCGUGAUGUCAGACAACACGAAUAAACGUGAUGAACGGAAA